UCCUGCUCGUGUCGGAGGCGCAGCGUCUCCCGGUUCUUCGCUGCUCUGGAGGAAUACGAUGCGGAGCAGCAGCGACCCGGACCGAACCAGAACCAGACUCGGAACCAGGCCCGCGGAACCCUCCGGCCCGGCGCUGCUCGGCCCGCAGACAGCAUGACAGCAGCGGCGGCGGAGCAGCGAGCCACCGAGACGAGCUGCAGCCGCUGAGAGACGCAGCUAACCGGCUGCUAACGGCGCGAUGACCGCGGACGGAGGCGGAACGAUCCGCAGCCGCAUCAAGAACCUGCUGCGGUCCCCGUCCAUCAAGCUGCGGCGGAGCGGCGCGGCGCGGAACACCCGCGACCUGAGCGGCAAGGUGACGUUGGAGAAGGUUCUGGGAAUCACGGCUCCGGGGAACCGAGCUCUGGCCUGCGACCCCCGAACUGGACUGUUGGCUUAUCCUGCCGGGUGCGUCGUCGUCCUGCUGAACCCUCGUAAGAACAAACAGCAUCACAUCUUCAACAGCUCCAGGAAGGCCAUCACCACGUUGGCAUUUUCUCCAGAUGGCAAAUAUGUUGUUACGGGAGAGAGCGGCCACAUGCCGGCGGUUCGAGUCUGGGACGUUUCUGAACACGUUCAGGUGUCGGAGCUGCAGGAACAUAAAUACGGAGUCGCCUGCGUGGCCUUUUCACCGAACGGAAAAUAUAUCGUCAGCGUCGGAUACCAGCACGACAUGAUAGUCAACGUCUGGAACUGGAAGAAAAACGUGGUGGUCGCAGCCAACAAGGUUUCCAGCAAAGUGACGGCCGUCUCCUUCUCAGAUGACAGCUCGUACUUCGUCACCGCCGGCAACCGACACGUGAAGUUCUGGUACCUGGACCAUGCCAAGACAUCCAAGGUGAACGCCACCGUCCCCCUGCUGGGGCGUUCGGGGCUGCUGGGAGAACUCAGGAACAACUUCUUCAGCGAUGUGGCGUGUGGGCGUGGCCGCCAGGCGUCCUCCACCUUCUGCAUCACCUCCUCCGGCCUGCUGUGCGAGUUCAACGACCGGCGGCUGCUCGACAAGUGGGUGGAGCUUCGGACGGCUCAGGCCACCUGUCUGUCCGUCACAGACGAGUUCAUCUUCUGUGGAUGUUCCGAUGGAACCGUUCGAGCCUUCAGCCCUGUCAACCUGCACUUCCUGUGCACUUUGCCCCGCCCACACUCUCUGGGCGCUGACAUCGCCAGUAUGGUGGACGCCAGUCAGCUGUUCUCCUGCAGGGUGGAGUCUCGUUACCCGGACACCGUGGCGGUGACCUAUGAUUCCACCAAUCGCUGGCUGUCGUGCGUCUACAAUGACCACAGUGUUUAUGUUUGGGAUGUACGCGACCUCCGCGACCCCCGGCGGGCUGGAAAGCUCUACUCGGCCCUCUACCACUCGUCCUGUGUGUGGAGCCUGGAGGAGUAUCCGGAGGGGGGAGGAGCAGGUAGAGUGGGAGGUGAUGUGCGUCUCCCCCCUGGAUCCUUCCUGACCUGCUCCUCAGACAACACCAUCCGACUGUGGAACAUCGACGGACGCAACGUUCUCCAGAGGAACAUCCUGAGCCACGACCUGCAGAAGGUGAUUUACGUGGACGACAGCAUAGCCAGCCUGCUGGACACGGACAGCAUCACCGUCACCGGCGGCAACAGCGAGAAGGCGGGGCCAACGGGAUCGGAGGGGCAACAGACGGACCAGAGCAGGGCGGGCAUUAGGACCCUGAGAGUCAGUCCCAAUGGACGGCACCUGGCCUCUGGAGACCGAAUGGGAGUCCUCAGGAUCCACGAUCUGGACAGUAUGGAGGAGAUCUUGAACGUUCAGGCUCAUGACUCAGAGAUUCUCUGCCUCGAAUUCUCUAAACCAGACACAGGUCUCCAGUUAUUAGCCACGGCCAGUCGGGACCGUCUGAUCCACGUCCUGGAUGCCGGCAAAGAGUACAGCCUGGUUCAGACUCUGGACGAACACUCGUCCUCCAUCACCGCCGUCAGAUUCGCAGCCAAUGAGGGGAAGGUGCGGAUGAUCAGCUGCGGCGCCGAUAAGAGCGUCUACUUCCGCACGGCUCAGCAGAUGGGGGAGGGGCUGGAGUUCACUCGCACGCAUCACAUCGUCAGGAAGACGACGCUGUACGACAUGGACGUCGAGCCGACCAGGAAGUACGCAGCAGUGGGCUGUCAGGACCGCAGCAUCAGGAUCUUCAACAUCAGUAAUGGGAAGCAGAAGAAGCUGUAUAAAGGCUCUCAGGGCGAGGACGGGACGCUCAUUAAGGUGCAGAUCGACCCGUCAGGACUCUACAUCGCCACCUCCUGCUCAGACAAGAACAUCAGCAUAUUUGACUUCUACUCGGGAGAGUGUGUGGCCACCAUGUUCGGACACUCAGAGAUUGUAACGGGGUUGAAGUUCAGCAGCGACUGCAGACACCUGAUCACCGUGUCAGGAGACAGCUGCAUCUUUGUGUGGCGUCUGAGCCCAGAGUUGACCAUCAGGAUGAGGCAGCGGCUCGCCGACCUGCAACCCCCCAGCAGCACCUCCAGCUCCCAGAAUGCACCUCAGCAGAAAGCCACGAAGCUCAGCAGCCGGGAAGCUUCGACCCCUCGAGUCGUGACGAUGUCUUCUGACAGCGACAAGGAGGAAGAGGAGGAAGAGGAAGAGGGGGAGGAGCUCGGCUGUCCUUAUAUGGUCACAGCAGGACGUCUGGAGGAGGAGACAGAAGCGACGGAUGAGACGUACAGCAGAGACGACAGGACGGAGGCGUCGACAGGUCGACUUCCCCGCCGCCGCUGGUCCCGGAGGACGGGCAGCGCUGACGAAGUCCUGAUGGUGAAGUCCAUGUUGGACCUGAGAAUGCUGGACUCGUACUGUCCAGACGAACAGGAGGAGGAACAGGUGGAGCAGGACGAGGCGAAGACACGCCCCCUCGACUCCUCAACCCCCUGCAGCCAGAGCAAAAGGGGUCCAGGAGUGGAGGCGGGGCUUCACAGGACAAACCAGGAGCUGGGGAGUACCGUCAGCCUACAGGUCACGACUGCAUGGGUUGAUGAUGAGACAAGAACCAAUCAGAGGCCAGACUUUAUCCUGCUGUCCAAUCAGAGCCCAGACAGGGAGGACCCGGUGCUGUAUCCUGACCAAUGGGAGGACAGAGUGAGCCUGGCCGGCAGUGAGUUCCAGGUGAAGGAGGCGUGUCCUGCUGCUGCAGGUGGACGGCAGGACAAACCCAGUCCAGACAGCGGCUGCUCGCUGGGAUUCAACUCCAGACUGUCCAGUCCAGACAGACCAGCAGGAGAAGACUCAGAGCCCACAGAACCGCUCAGCGUGGAUGGAAACUCCUCUGAGCUGGACAUGGAGGAUGAGGAUGAAGACGGAGGAGGACGAGGAGGUGGGGAGGACGGAGGAUCUCAGCUCGUCCCUCAGACUCCAGACCAGGAGGCGUUUCUGAAGGAACACUUUGUCACACUGGCUGACCGUUCAGUGUCAGGAAGUCCAAGCAGAGCAUCUCAUAGUUCCAGUGAGAGUCUCAGCAUCUCCUCCAGGUUCCUCUCCCAGAACUCAUCUGCAAGUCGGACUGUGCUUCCUCUUCCAUCUCGGAGCACCAGUGGCGGUGAGGGGGAAGCAAAGGCCCGUCCUCUGGUGUCUGAGGUCCGACCUCUGAUGGGCGAGAACCACUGCAGAACCCAGGACAGGAGGGUGUCCUGGAAUAAGGACCAAAUCGAAAAACAGAACAAGGACCAGAACUCCUCACUUCAGGACCAAGUACAGUCUCAGAAUAGGACCAAUCAGGACCAAACACUUCAUCAGAUACAGAACCAGAUUAAGCAAGGUCCAGACCAGUUCCAGAGCCAGGUGGAGGAGGAAACCUCCUCAGGUCAGCAAACCUACCGGCCCUCCCCGCUGAAGAAGAAGGUCCAAACGGCUGCAGAGUCUAGAAGGAACUUGGGCCCAACAGCCCGGGCUGCUGCAUCCCACCUAAACUCCUCCACUGGACUCAGGAAGGCUCAGUCAGUCCAAAGUCUGCUCAGCGAGACAGGUGACCCUUCUGUCUCCCAGGUGACCUCUCGUCCAUCCGGAGAGGUCACUCCUCAGCAGCUUUUCCCCCCUCAGCGUCCCACCACCCUCCCCUCCUCCCCUAGACGCCCCCCAUCCACAGGACUGCCCCCCCAGAGGCCCACACCCGCCUCCCCGAGGUCCCCUCAGCAGGAAACAGCUGCUACACCUGCUGCCGCCAAUACCCCCAGAAAGUCUUCAUCGUCCUCUGUGACUCCAUCGGUGUCGCGCUCCUACAUGAGCCCCACCGCUAGUUCCAUGGCGAAAAUGUCCCGCUCCGUCUCCGUGGGCGACGGCCUCAACGUCCCUGAACCCACCGAUGAGCCCGCAGUGACAUCACUGUCGGCGGUGGUAACCUCUUCCUCUCAGGUCAAAGACACUCCACCUCCUGUCGUGGCCGUGGUGCCAUCCAAUGCAGCUCUGACCACGCCCCCCCAUGCUGCUGUUGUCCCUGUUGUUGUCUCCUCAUGCCCCUCCUCGUCUUCAUCUCUGGGUAACCAUAGUAACCAGACGGUCCCUCCUCCCCGAGGUCUCCAAGCUCGUGUUCCCGGCAGCAGCAGGCCACUACCAGACAAGCCCUCGCUGGCCUCCUUCUCGCCUUCCUCCAAGUCGGCUGCCUCGUCGUCUUCCUCCACGUCGUCACGGCCUCCUCCGGUCUCCGUCUUCCCUCUGACUCCCCCCCGGCAGGAGGAGGAGCCUCAGACUAUUGCAGGCAGCAGCGCAGAGCAGGCGGACGACGCAGACCAGCCAAUCAGCGUGGAGACCUGCAGGGCUCUGACCAAUGAGCUGCAGAGCUGCUUUAAGAGAGCAACUCACCUGUACAGGAAGGUGAGCGGCUCCUCCGCCGAUGACUCCACCCCCGACCAGCGCCAGAUGUCUCUCCUCCUAUCAGAGGCCUUCCAGGCUAUGAGGGCGGAGCUAGACGCUCUGCCGCUGAGCGCACCAAGCAUGCUGGGAGUGGAGGGGGGGCUGGGAGGGGUGGGUGAGGUGAAGACGGCGGCGCUGCUGGAGGAAUACUCGCUGCUGCUGCUGCAGGCCGUCCACAGGAGGAUCAGCAGCUCCACAUGAAGAACCGACACCGAGCCUCCUCCUCGUCAUCAUCUGCUGCUGCUGCAGGAGGAUCAGUAACUCCAGCACUCCUCUACAUCUGCUCCUCCUCCUCCUGCAGGCCUCACACAGGAGGGUUAAUGUCACACUACAGAGGCUGAACAGAGGAGCCGCACACUGAUGCUCCUCUUCAUCCAAAACCACCUUCUCCUCCCCCUCAUGCUUUCAUCUCUCCUAGCUUCAUCUAUUUCUCUUUAUCCCCUUUUUAAUGCACAGUUAACAACAUCAGUGCAAUAUCACUUUAUGGCAAACGAUUGUAAAUUGUACCCCCUUACAGUAAUCAGAUUACUUCUAGGUUGAACAGUAGAGUAUUUGUUCCGAUGUCAAAUUAAAAGCUAGCAGUUUAAAUUCACUUUUAGACAAUGUACUCCACGUGUCCACCUUUAUUCCUUCUCAGCAUAAAGGAAACCAGAGAGUCCACAGAUUUCUGCAAAGAAGUUCUGACGUUCUGCUCUUUGCUGGUGGGAUUGUGUUGCUCAGCAUUCAUCUUUAAAAUACCCCAAAUGUGUUCCAUUAAAUUCACACUGUCCAGGUCAGAGUUUUGGUUUCUAGAAACUCCUCUGCAGACUGGAAGUCAUCAUGUCAGCCAGCACUUUGAUGAUCCACAAUCAUUAAUGGUACGUCUACUGUGGCUGGCUGCUUGCUCAAAGAGAAGUUAAAGGGAACUUUGGAUUGCUGGUGACCUUACUAAGGUGAAGACCUGACAAACUUGCUAUGAGAUAACUUGUGAAUUGGUGCUAUAGAAAUAAAAUUGAAUUAAACUGAAAUCUAUAAACGUCAUCAACACCUUCUGCCCUCAUGCAGCCACAUAUCAUGAUACUGCCACCUCCGUGCUUCACUGUACUUUCUACUUCGGGGUUUAAAUUUUCAGUAUAAUCUUUCUAAAGUCUUUGUCUUUGAUUGUUCAUCAGAGAAAAUACUCUUCUGUUCAACUUAGAAGUAAUAAAGGGGAAACAAAUUAAAGUCUUUCGACAUGUCAGUGGUAUUGCCCAUUGGUGUACUCACUGCUGUUUCUUACUUCUCUUCUUCCUUUUCCAUCCUUCUCUUGUCUCUGGUUUUCUCCCUCUUCUUCUUUCUAUCGUCAUCUGUUCUUUCAGUUGUUUCUGUCUUCAGCAGUGUAUUUUGUUUGUCUUUCUCUUAUAUUUUGUCAUCUUUCUUUCUCUUCUACAUCAGUCUUAUUUUUUCCUCCACUUCACAGAUGAAGGAUCUGAAGCCAUUUUGAUUUGCUUCUGUUUUUAUUCUCUCUCGUCUGAAACUGAAUGACUUCUCAAGACGUUUUAGUUUUUUAGAAAACGUUUCAUCGUUGAAGGACCUCCAGCGUUUUUUACCAAGUCGUUUUUUAAAAGACGUUUUUUCUCUGACUGAACCUCGGACGUUUUUUCUCCACGUUCAUUCCCUGGAGUCCCGUCAAUCUGAAGGACCGAUCGGAUUAUUGAUUAUCGUUGUUGUUAGACUGUAGAGAAACUUGAUCAACGAGCAAACAGCAAUACAGACUUUCGAACAAACUUUUCGUUCAUUGUUUGAUGUACAUUUUCUUAGAGUUCAGCGUGACAUAAUCUGGUGCUGAGCUGAUCUGAUAACACUUUGUAUUUAUUGUGCUGAUGAGCUGUUACACUACUGACUCUGUCCUCUGCCUGAAACUGACCGGCAUUUUUCUAGAACCGCCAGGUAACGUCUGCUCUUCUUUUACUGGAGGUUGUACAUUUUGAUAAUUGUUGUUAGAGAAACACUUUCAGGAUUUGUUGGUUAAAUUUGGGGAACUUUGUCGUAACUUUCUUCACAAACAGGUCAAAGUUGAGUUUGGAAUGUUUUCAUGUUUUUGUCACAUUAAAUAAAACUUUCAGACUUCUUCUGAUA